CGAGGUUGCCUUCCAUCAAGUUGCUGCUUCCUGAAGGGAGGAGUUGCCAAGUUGCCAAAAUAAGUUUUGAUAUAGCACUGGAUGAUUACGUGCGCCUUUCUUGCAUUCAAUGAUGGACGAGGCCGCACAGUUAAAGCUCCUCACAGAUCUUUCCAGCAGAGCUAUACAUGAAUUUGAUGAAGCACAGAAAAAAUGUAAGGAGUAUCACACAAAGUAUUCACAGCAGCAUGACAAGAACCAAAAGCUUACAGCUCAGUUUAAACAACUCAAGAGGGUUUCCCUUCUUGCUGUCAGUGAAUAUGAGAAUCUGAUGAAACAAUAUACAGAUGCUGUUAAACUUAAAGAUGAGUCUUCGAAUAAACUCAAAAAGGUUGAAGAGGAAAACAAAGAACUUCGAAAGGUGAACAAGAUUUCACCCAAUGUUGCCAUUCUACCACAAACCACAGAAAAGAGUGGUAGUGAUGCAGCAACAAAAGGAGAAUUGGAGGGUCUUAGGUCGUUAUUGACUGGUACGAAAGAAGAAAUCCGAAGGGCCAAAAGUGCAGUAUCAAAACUGGAAGUACAGCUUGCAGAAGAAAAGAGGGAACAUGAAUCGGCCAAAAAGAAGCUUAACACGGCGAAUGCCCAAAUCCAGCAACUUAAUAGAGUGUCCUUCAUGGCUUUAGAUGAAUUCCAGGAAUUGAAAAAAAGGUACGACGGGGAAAUAGAAUGCCGGAAGAAGGCCGAAGAAUACGCAUCUCAGUUGCUUCAUGACAAUCAAAGUAUGAUGCGGAAAAGCAAGGUGGUGAACGAAGGUGCCCCCGGGAACGAGAAACUGGAUAAUGCAUUGAAAGAAAUCGACGAUUUGAAUCAAAUGUUGUCCAAAGAGAGAGUAGAACACACACGAAAGGUAAAAGAUAUUCAAGAAGAAUUAGAUUCUUUAAAAGAAACAAAUGACGUCAAAGCGCUUGAAGAGAAAAUAUCAGUUACGUUGGAUCAAAUAGAAUUGCUACAACGACAGCUUCAGGAAAGCGAACAAAGAGCCCAUGAAAGUGAUAAAAGAGCAAGAGAACUUUAUGACAAACUAAUAAGAACAGAAGAGGCUCUGAUGGCAAGCCCCAGUCCUUCAUCAGUUUCGUUACCGCCACCUGGUCCCCCGCCACCAGCUCCGCCACCCCCACCGAUAUCAGCCCCGAUGAUGAGAAAAUUUAUAACGAGAAUUGGUGGUGGGAAAAAGAAGAAGAAUGUUAUUGAAAAAGAGAAAGAUGACCCGGUACAGGACAUGAUGAAAGAGAUGAUGUCCCGAAUAAAAGGUGGUUUCCAUCUUAAAUCGUCAGGCAACAAAAAAGACGACGGCAGCUCUACCGCUAUGAAUGAAUUGGCUAAUCUUUUGACAAACCUGAAGCACGGCAAAGGUGGUGUGGAACAAGGUGCUCCAGAGCCAGAAAAGGUCAAGGUGCCGGAAUUUCAGAAGUUCAAGCUGAAGAAAGUGAGCGUGGCACAUGAUCGAACAAAGCCAGAGGACCAGAAAGUCGAUGAUGAGUUAAUGAGGAAGCUUGACAAGCAAAAGAAGGUAGCUGAAAGUGAAGUGCCCAGCAAGGAGGAAGUUUCCACAUCAGAGGAGACUUCACAUAACACUGAAAAUCAGUCUGCCACAGAAACUGAUGGAAGUGAAAAGGAUGAACAGACUCUGCAGAAUGUUAAUAAGACGGGCGACGACGAGAAGGAUGGGGACAACAAAGAGGGCCUAAACGAUUCAAAGCAAGACAGUCCAAAGUCUUCUGAGGAUAUUUAUGAAAAUACAGAAAAUGUUGCCAGCAAGGAGCAGAAUGGAGAUAUAAGGAAAGAGGGAUCUGAAGGGGCCGAGAAGCAAGAAUCAACUGCAGGAUCAUCCGAUUCUGAACAAAACGUUCUUGAAGAGGAGCCAGGAAUGAAUGAAAAGGAGCCCGGAAAGAGUGAAGAGGAGCCAGGAAAGAAUGAAGAAGAGCCAGAAAAGAAUGAGGAAGAGCCAGGAAAGAAUGAAGAAGAGCCAGGAAAUGCUACCCAGAGUGGCAACGAGCAGACAAUUGUUAAUAGUACAGACAGUACUGUGAAGGAGCUAGACAGUAUAGUGGACGAAAUAAACAAAUUUCUUGGUGACUGAUUAUUUAAUACAUUGCUUAAACACCGUGUCAUUACCAAACAUAUUGUUAGGAUGAUUAUUCUGUACAAAUAUUUAAAACCAACAA